AUGACCGAUCAGAACGAGAUCGACAAUGAGGUUUUGGAUGAGGUAACCACGGUUGAAAAUGAGAAUAUUCAAGUUAACGAAAGUUCUACGCGAUCAGAACAAACUUCAAACUCGUCAGCAGAAGUUGAUCUUGAAUUUCAAAAUGAGCUAAGAAAAGUGAUUCUUGGUAUUCAGAAUGAUCUUAAGUUUAAUCCUGAGGAGAAAGCCAAAAAAAUUCAGGAUUUGAUGACAAGCAAUUGGAGAAAAAAUGAAGAGAAGCUUGGAAACAACAAACCCUCUUAUGAUCACAAUGAUGAACCUACUUAUGUGGAUGUAAACAUUAUCCACGGGGAGCAAAGAUACAAGCGGAAUGUUGCAAGGGAUGGUUCACAUGCCGAUUUUGUCAUGAUGAAGAAUGCGAUCAUAAUAUUGACAGGCAAGGAACUGACUAAUUGUAAUAAUUGCGAUCGCGAACUGGCCCGAUAUUAUUGUGAGAAAUGUAAAUUCUGGGAUGAUUCAUCCGAAAAAGAUAUCUAUCAUUGUGAUGCAUGCGGUAUUUGUCGCAAAGGUGUGGGAUUGGGCAUCGACAAGUUCCAUUGUGAAGUUUGCGAUUGUUGCUUGGACAUUAAUGUGAAGGGCUCACACAAAUGCAUUGAAAAAAACAUGGAUCGUGACUGUGCCAUUUGCGGUGAAUAUCUAUUUACAUCUACUAUUACAACGACUACUAUGAGAUGCGGUCAUAUUAUGCAUAGUAAUUGUUACGAAGAAUAUACAGUAAACGCGUAUCAAUGUCCAACGUGUUGGAAAUCUAUUGGAAACAUGGAAUUCUAUUUUCAACGCAUCGAUGCUAUUGUUGCAGAACAGAAGAUGCCUCCUGAAUAUGAUCAUUGCGUCGCGUACAUCUUGUGCAACGAUUGCGAAGAACGAAGUACCGUAAAGUAUCAUUUCCUGUAUCAUAAAUGUCACUUAUGUAAAGGAUAUAAUACCAAAUUAUUAGAGACAAGAAACGAGAAACCAGAGGAAGGAGAAACAUCCGAAUCUGAGGAAUGUUCCAAUUCUUCAACAGGAUCCAGUGCCGCUAAUAGUAAUUUACCAAACAAUGGAUUGCAAGUGAGACAAUCGAGGGUGAUGGAGAUUACGGCUAUGAUGCAAGGAGAGGAAGGACCAGUUGAUGACGGUAAUGCAACCGAGCAUCGUACGAGAAAUCCUUUGGACUAA